CCAUUUUUCAAUCAGCUCUAGCUUAGUUAAGCUUAUCAAAAAAAAAUGCCGCCUGAUGACAUUGAGACGCUCGUGUCUCUGAAUCAGGGAAAUGUGUGAAAAUCUGCGACUCGGCGCCCAUAGAUAUCACUUCGUUCUCAUCAUCUCCAGCCUACUUCGAGUUGUGGCAGCCGACGCGGCAGCGGCCCCAUUGCAGUCGGCUUUGCCGCAAAUCCAUCCGCUGGCGGUGCUCGAGCAGCCGCGUAAAUUGCCGACGGGCUACCUGAACGGCGUGUUGAGCCUGAAGCAGCGGCUCUUGGCCAACAACGUGCAGCUGCGACCGCCCUUCACGCCCAACAACCAACAGCAGAGCUUUCGUGAGGUCAUCUCUGAUCUGAAUUUGGGACAUGAUAUGAAUGCCAUACCGCCGAAUGUGAUGACGCCAGAUCAGUUGCAUCAGCAGCUGCAGCAGCUGGAGGUCGAUCUGCAUCAUCAGGACACUCAGCUGCAGCAGCGGGAAAAGCAGCUGGCAGCGCAAGUUGCUUCCGGACAGCUUCAGCAACAGCAGCAGCCACAGCAGCAGCAGCAACAGCAACAGCAGCAACCGCAACAGCAGCAACAGCAGCAACAGCAAAUGCUUGAGCCAGUUAAAAUGCAAUUCGAGCUAACUUCGGGCAAUCAGCCACAGUUACAGUUGCAGAUACAGGACCAGCCCGUGCGGGACUCGCAAACGGACGCCGAGUCAACUUAUGACACCAAAAUGCAAUUGCUGCAGCAGCUAGCUGACUCCCUUACCCGGCAGCAACAGCAGCAGCCGCAACAACAGUUGCCACAGCAACAGCAGUCGCUGCGCACGAAUGUGGCGCAACUGUCGCCUUCUGAUCCGGCGGCCGGAGCAGAGGAGGAAACAUGUUCCGAAGAAUGCGCAACAACGGAUAGGGAUGUUGAAGAUGAUGAGGAAGAUGACGAAGAUAAAUGUGACAACACGACGCUGGAGCCCACCCAGUGCACCCAAGCAAACGCAACGCAAGCCGGAAAAGCAACAACCCCGCAAGUCGAGUCGUUGACCAUUCGCGUGGACCCCAACAGAAACCUAACGAAGACCACGGCGCAGCCGAAGACCACAGCUGCAGCGGGGAAGCAAACGAAGCCACAGUCAACUGCUCCCACCAAGUUGCCGUUCGCCAAGACGACCAAGAGCAAAAAGGCUAAGAAGCCAUGUUGCAUCAAGCCAGCAAAGAAACCACGCAACAGCCUUUCGCAAAAUCUGAGAAAAGUCUGGCAGGAGCCGAAGCAGCGCAUUGAUCGAGCUUCGCCGAGCGAUAAAGCGAAUCUGCGCAUCGAUGCCAUUGCAACAUGGUUGCAAUAUCGCAAAAUGCACAGCAAGGAUGCUCUGAGGCCGAACAGGGCGACGCGACAGCAAAGAGAUAAGAGACUAGAAGUAAAGAAGUCGAAAAAAUGUCAGAUUUGGGCCAAAAAGAAGCCGCGCAAGCAACGAGGCGUUGUCGAUAGGAAGCAGGUGCUGCAGGCGGAGACCAAACUGUGGCCCCUAAAGGGCUCCCAUUGAGGGAGUCUACUCAAUUUUCAUAUGCCAUAAAUAUAUAUAUAUAUUUUUAUAAAUGAAA